AUGGUGGAAGUCUUUCUGAUAGGAGUGUUUCCUGGGAUCUGUGUAAAGUGUUUCCAGGAGUUUCUCACUGGCAUCGGCCUUGAUUCAGGGAUAAAUUUCUACUUGCUGAGUAAAAUAGAGGCAAGUAGGCCAAAAAAGAAAGCUCAGACUUUCUCAUUCUGGCUGCGUUCAGCUGAGAUCCCCUACCCUGGAUGUGAAUUUCUGUUUCCUCAGGCUUCCAUGAUGUUUGCCCAGUGCUCUCGGAAGUGUGCGAGCUCCGUGCUGCUGAUCGUGCUGCUGUGCUGCAUCCUUUCUCAUCCAGCACAAGCCAGCAAGAGCUCAGAGGACAUCCGCUGCAAGUGCAUCUGUCCCCCGUACCGGAACAUCAGUGGGCACAUUUACAACAAGAAUGUGUCGCAGAAGGACUGCAACUGCCUGCAUGUUGUGGAGCCGAUGCCGGUGCCAGGGAAUGAUGUGGAGGCCUACUGCCUGCUGUGUGAGUGCAAGUACGAGGAGCGCAGCACCACCACCAUCAAGGUGAUCAUCAUCAUUUACUUGUCCGUGGUGGGGGCACUGCUGCUUUACAUGGCUUUCCUUGUGCUGGUGGACCCUCUGAUCCGGAAGCCAGAUGCUUAUACCCAGCCCCUGCACAACGAGGAGGAGAAUGAGGAUGUGCGCUCCUUGGCUGCAGCCCCCACCCCGUCUGGCGCUAGAGCCAACACGGUGCUGGAGAGGGUGGAGGGGGCCCAGCAGCGCUGGAAGCGCCAGGUGCAAGAGCAGAGGAAGACAGUUUUCGACCGCCACAAGAUGCUGAGCUAGAUCUUCGAGCUACGCGGCACCACUUCCCGAGAGACAGGGUAGCUCCGCUGGUCGAGACGGACAGCUAGUCAUCCUUCAGGCCAUCCGUGGUAUUUGACUGAAAGCUCUAACCCUCUCUGAUUUACCGUCUCCGUAGAGAGAAGCAGACCAAAAUGUUUGCCUCUGGUUUUGUCCCCUUGCCCUCUACCUCUCAGCCCAGAGGCUCCUUAACCCUUGCCCGGCUGAGACCUGCACUGAUCGGUAGCCCCGUGGCUGCAUGUAAAUGGCCGUGUGCAGCGCCGCUGCCCCGGUCGGUCGCGGGCUGGCUCGAGGAGGGGCUGCAGCUCCAGCACGCGGUGCUGGGACUGAAGUCUCGGCCAGCCCACCCCCGCAUCGGAGACAGGGCUCUCGGUACGGAGCGUUUGGAAGCUGGCUGAGUCUUCCUGGGAUAAAAACAGCGGGAUAAUUCUUAUGUGGAAUAAAUUAUGUAGCGCUCCUCCAGGAUGAAGAAGCCUCCUCCUUCUCCAGUUUGCACCAACGUUAACUGGGCUUCGUGGUGCUCAGACAAGUGCGUUGCACUGGCAGGAGCAGGAGGGGUCAGUGGUCAGCUGCUCCUUGCACUUACCCUGGUGUAAACAGAGUGGAUUUCCACUCUUCCGUGGAAUCUAUCCAGAUUUACACCAGCAUAACUGAGAUUGCAGUUUGUUUCUGUGUAAGUGAAUAUCACAAAACUGAUUAGUACAUUCAGAAGAGACCAACAGGUAAAAAAGGUUGAUUUACAGUUACAUCUUUUCCUGCUUUGGCAGUGCAUAAAAACAUACUGGGGUGAAAGCUUUCCAUUUGUUACCCACAUUGGUAACCCUUGAUGCUUUCACAGUGUGGUCAGGAGCAUUUGUGUCUGAGAACUGAGGCAAAGGCUCUACUGGGGCACUGUAAACACUUGUCUGAGUCUUGGGACCCUGGAAAGGGGACACUUGUGCUACUCAAAACACUCCAAGAGCUCUGACUGUACUUGGGCUCUGUGGAGGAACCUGAAGUGAUUCUGCAAGGUGUAUAUUGAUCCCACUGAGAACACUUAUGAUGUCAGGAAGGUGCUGGAGUUUAUCAUGUAGCAUCUCUGUAUUAAAUGCAGAUAAAGAUCUAU